AUGUUUACGAGGGCUGCAUCAAAAGGGUUUGUCCUAAAGAAGCGUUCGAAGAGUGCUCAAGACGAUCAACUGAUCGGGAUGUCCCCUCCCAAACGGAAGCGAUCUGGUUGCGAAUUAAAAAGCCGAAGCCUGAAUGAUCUAUCUGAUCCUCCGACUUCCGAUUUUAUAAGCUCUGAGUGUGCCUCAGAAGAUCCUGCUUCUGCUGUUUUUCACGAAUGUCUAAUUGAGCCGGACAGCGAGAUGAAGCGCGUGGAAGAUGAUGCGGAGGUGCGUCACUCGGGCAAACCAGAAUCGGAGACCGUUACUGGAGGCCUCCCGAAAAAGAUCCCUGAGGAUCCCCCUUUGGAGAAAGAAGAUCCCAAGGGUCUGUCCGUUGCGGCUGUGUUUCAACAAAAGCUCUUAAGGUCCGGACUUGGUCACUUUAUGGCAUCAACCACCGACUCCUAG